AACGAGGCGGACCGGUCAAAAUAUAAAAUUUUUUGAAGUUUUGCCAGAAUCAAAUUAGGUGUGCGCGACAGCCGGUGUGGACUGUGGAUCAUUCCGUUUAGUUUUUUAAAACUUCACGACUAUUGUUUACUUAAAAUGUAGUUCGUUGGACAAAUUAUUUUUAUAACUACGGUAUUAUAAAACUAUUACGCAUAAACUUUAAUACUCUUUAGGUAUUAAUUUCUUUAGCCUUGAGUCGAUCGUUUUCAAGAAAUAUUCUCAGGAUAAUUUAUUAGUAUUUCAUUUAGAUUGGUCAAAAUAAUAUAUCUACAAUGGGAAUUUUAGAAGAAUUAAGUGUCUCUUCAGUAUUAGUUGGGCUUGGGAUUGUUGUAACUACUGGUUUUGCAAUAUCUGCAUUUGUAGCGAAUUUUCAAAAAAAAAGUCAAAAGAAACGGACGUUAGUCGAUGCUAAUACUAAAAUUCCAUUACCAUUAAUUCAGAAACAUAUUAUUAGUCAUGACACAAGGAGAUUUAGAUUUGAGCUGCCAUCAAAGAAUCACAUCUUGGGUUUACCAAUUGGGCAGCAUAUUCAUAUAUCUGCAAGAAUUAAUGAUGAGUUAGUCGCACGUGCGUACACUCCAGUUAGUAGUGAUAAAGAUGUUGGCUAUAUGGAUUUAGUUAUUAAAGUAUACUUUAAAGACCAAAACCCUAAAUUUCCUGAUGGUGGGAAAUUAACCCAGUAUUUAGAAAAAAUGGAAAUUGGUGAUACAAUUGAUGUACGAGGACCUUCUGGCCGUCUCAUUUACCAUGGUCGGGGUGACUUUGAAAUAAAAGCUGUUAAAAGGAAAGAUCCAUCCCACAAUCUUUUUGCAAAAAAAAUUGCAAUGAUUGCUGGUGGUACUGGUAUCACACCUAUGUUGCAAUUAAUUCGUCAAAUUACUAGAGAUCCAAAAGAUGAAACUAAAAUAGCUCUUCUCUUUGCUAAUCAAACUGAAGAAGAUAUAUUACUAAGAGAGGAAUUAGAAGAAGCUGCAAAAACUCAUCCUGACCAAGUCAAGAUUUGGUACACAGUUGAUAGACCUACUGAAGGCUGGAAGUACAGUGAAGGUUUUAUAUCAUCUGAUAUGAUAACGGAACAUUUAUAUCCACCGUCUGAAGACACAUUGGUGUUGAUGUGCGGCCCUCCACCAAUGAUCAACUUUGCAUGCAACCCUAACCUUGAUAAACUUGGGUAUGAUGCAAAGCAACGUUUUUCGUAUUAAAACUCGUUUUGUUUUUUUUUUUUUAUAAAUUAGAACACCCACUCUAAUUUACAAGUAGUGUAAUAUUAUUCACACAAGUUUUAUUAUUUUGUAAUAAUUUUUUUUACAGUAAAUUAGUAAAUAAAAAUGUAUCCCAAAAAAGUGUUAACAAUAAUUGAACAUUGUUAUUUUCAUGUUACGUCUUGUACAAAUUUAUUUGAUAGUUAAAUUGGUUAGCUGAGUAAAAAAAAAAAUUCUACGUUUUAUUGCAUGGUUUAAUGACUUGAAUUUAGGCAGGUUGCUGUUAUUAUUUUUGGUUAUUCUUUUUUCCUUCAAUUUCUUAAUAUUAAAGUUUGAAUAUCAUUUAUAUUGUGUCAUUGCAUAUAUUAUAUUUAAUAAAGUGUAUCUUGUCAAAAAUUAAAUGUAUUACCAAUAUUA